AUGUUGGAUCAAACCCGGCGGUCGCACCGUAAGUUAUACCAAGUUUGGUAUGACUUACGCAAUGCUUUUGGUUCUCUUCCUCAAGCGCUCAUGUGGCAGGUGCUCCGCCGAAUUGGUGUUGAGCCCCGGUUCAUUAACCGUUGCCAGGAUAUCUAUCAUGAGUCAUCUUUUGUGGUUACGAAUGCGAAGGAUGGUGCGACUGACCCUGUGCGACAAGAAAUGGGGGUUUACCAAGGCUGUCCCUUAAGCCCCCUACUGUUUAUUGCUGCUCUAAUUCCACUCGUCCGUCGCCUGGAGCAACUGGAGGAUGUCGGUGUGCCGCUUGCGGAUGGUGUUAGACCUUGCACCACCGCUUACGCUGAUGAUAUAAAAAUCUUCAGCAAUAGCGCCGCCGGCAUCCAACGUUGCCAUGGUGUUAUGAAGAGUUUUCUCCAAUGGACUGGUUUAAGGGCUAAUCCGGCCAAGUGCGCCAGCCUUGCUGUGACCCUUAAUUCUCGAAGCAACCCGGUCCCUGAUGAGAGUGUCCGGCUGGACCUUCAUGGUGAAACCAUCACCCCGCUCACACUCCAGGAGAGUUAUCGCUACCUCGGAGUGGGUGAUGGGUUUGACCACAUCCAGCAUCGCCUCCAGCUUGAACCCAAGUUGCAACAACUUAAGCGGGAGGCGAUUGCUUUGAUGACGUCCGGGUUGGCAGCUUGGCAGGUGGUGAAGGCGCUCAAGACUUAUGUCUACCCGAAAGUGGAAUAUGCUCUUCGCCACCUUCGCCCCCUACAGUCACAACUCCACGGAUUCGAUUGCGCCGUGAAGCGUGGCCUUCGACACUUGUUGCACCUUCCCCAGUCCGCCACAGCUGACUUUUUCUACUCGCCAACUUCGGGAGGCGGACUGGGGUUGCAGUCGCUGGUGGAAAUGCACCACGCGUUGCAGGUUGCUCAUGCCUGGCAAAUGCUUCACUCGAAGGACCCGGCUAUUGUGGCGGUGGCGAAGACGCAAGUGGGUCAGAUUGCACGCAAACGUUAUCGACUACACGAAGACCACUGGCAGGGGCGAGAGGAUGAACUUGUUCGACUCUUUUUGAAUUCCGAACUUGCUGCCUCGCCGUUUGCUACCGCCAAUCGCCGAUCGGGGGACAUUGCCUCGCUCUGGACUGAUGUACAGCGGAUAUUAACGAUUAAUAACAUCACUCUUUCCUUUCGUUCAGAAGAUGGCACUCAAGACCCCCUUGCCCUUCGAGUGCCGCACAUGGAUAAAUGGCUCAGUCACAAAACAGUGUUGCGGCACGUGAAGUUGCACAUGAAGAUCCGCCAUCAGACUCGAUGGAAGAAUAUGGUGGAUCAGGGAAAGACGGUCCGUGUCCACGGUGGAGUUGGAUCGAAGUUUGUGAUGACUGGGGCGGAGAAGACGCCUUCGGGCAAACCACCACUGCCGUGUGCCUUCCUGUUCCAGUGCUGA